ACACAUAUGGUAUAGGCAUUAAAGUAAUACGAGCAUAGAAAGUGAGGAAGCUUAAUGAUGUGUAUUUUAGCCACACAAGCCAAACUUUAUUGAGCUUUGGUAGUGUCCAUGGGAGCCAUACAUUUAUCUCAAUCUCAAGGUCCAAAACCCUCCAACGCCACCGUCUCUUUUACACUUGAAUGGGCAAUGAACAACUUCUCCUCCGGAUUCCCAACCCAAGGAAGAAAGGAAUAUGAUAACGAAAGCUUCGGAAAAGAUAGAGAGAAGCAAGGCGAUCAUAAACCCGAAGCAGCUCGUUGCGAGUGGGAUUUUUCUCUCGCUACAGUCGUCUCCUCUGGUGCCAAUGCCGCGGUUUCUGAUUCUCUCGGCGUCAUCGAAUUCGAUCCUUCGAAUACCGUUGUAGCGACAGGAGGGAUCGCGAGAAAGAUUAGGAUUUACGAUUUGAAGUCUUUGUUGCCACAAGAUGACAUCAUCGUAUGCAACGGUGAGCAAAAUGAUAUAGCCUUACUAGACCAUGUCAAUGCAUGUAGCUAUUACAUAUGUACACCGGCUAAGCUCAGUAGCCUUAGAUGGAAACCCGGGUCCGGAGGGCGGCUUCUCGGAUCGGGAGACUAUGACGGGGUGGUCACGGAAUACGAUCUUGAGAGGAAGCUGCCGGUCUUCGAACGUGACGAGCACGGCGGGAGAAUAGUUUGGAGCGUGGACUAUUCGCAUAGGGACACAUUCAUCGGGGCAUCCGGCUCAGAUGAUGGCACCAUGCAAAUGUGGGACCAACGAUGUGGCAGCGGUGAAUGUGUGGCUAAGGUGCAACCGUCAACGGCACGUAGCUCCGUCUGUUGCGUCGAAUUCAGCCCCUCCAACGACUAUCUGUUAGCCGUCGGAUGCGCCGAUAAGAAGGCGUAUGCCUACGAUGUGCGGAAAAUGGAUGAGCCGUUGCACGUGUUAGGAGGGCAUACGAAAACCGUGACAUACGUUAGAUUCCUCGACACCCAAACAAUGGUUUCAGCAGGAACCGAUGGGUGUUUAAAGCUAUGGAACAUAAGCGAUUGUCGUUUAAUCAGAACAUACAAGGGACACAAGAAUUGUCGAAGCUUUGUUGGGCUGUCGGUUUGGAGGCAUGGUGGCUUGCUUGGAUGUGGGUCGGAAAACAACAAGGUAUUUGUUUACGAUAAGAGGUGGGGCGAACCCAUUUGGGUACGUUGCUUCGAGACAAUGGCUGGAGCCGGGUUUGAGCAUGGGUUCGUCAAUAGCGUAUGCUGGAGGCAAGUCCAGGAAGACCGGUGCACACUUUUGGCAGGGGGUUCCAAUGGGAUUUUACAGGUUUUUGUUGGCACAAAGAAAUCAUAGCUCAUUCUUAUUGGUUUACCAUUUUUUAGCAUUUUAUCCAAGUUUUUAACUUUCACUUGUGGCUUGCCAUUCGCUUAAAGAUAUUUCAAAGUAUGAACAUUGAUUUUCAUCUCUGAAUAAUAUAAUCAAGGGA